AUGUCUAAGGUUUCGAGAGAAACUUUAACCGAUGCUAUCAAUGAGGUCCUUAAGGGCUCUCAGGAGAAGCCACGCAAGUUCCGUGAGACCAUCGAGCUCCAGAUCGGUUUGAAGAACUACGAUCCACAAAAGGACAAGCGUUUCAGCGGAUCCAUCAGACUGAAGCACAUCCCUCGCCCAAUGAUGAAGGUGUGCGUCUUCGGAGAUCAGCACCAUCUUGAUGAGGCUGCCGCCGCUAACCUUCCAGCCAUGAGCGCUGAUGACUUGAAAAAACUCAACAAGAACAAGAAACUCAUCAAGAAGCUUGCCAAGAGCUAUGAUGCUUUCCUUGCCUCCGAGUCGCUUAUCAAGCAGAUCCCACGUAUCUUGGGUCCAGGACUCAACAAGGCCGGUAAAUUCCCGUCCGUUGUUUCCCACGGAGAAUCUCUUCAAAACAAGAGUGACGAACUCCGCGCUACCGUGAAAUUCCAAAUGAAGAAGGUUCUUUGCCUUUCGGUUGCCGUGGGACACGUAGAGCUUGCUCCAGAUGAGCUCUACUCCAAUAUCUCUCUUUCCAUCAACUUCCUCGUCUCCUUGUUGAAGAAGAACUGGCAAAACGUCCGCUCGUUGAACAUCAAGUCGACCAUGGGAAAGCCGCAGAGAAUCUAUUAA